AUGAUAAGUCAAAAGGCUGUUGCCACUGCCGAAUCACAAUCUCUGAGGUUCUCUGCCGAUGAUUUCAUCAAUGCGAAUCAUCCGUCGUUUAACAAAACAUGGAUUAACAUCUAUUCCUCACGAUUCGAUAAGUCUGCUAUACAAAUUAUCUAUAACUUAACUUACGUUUACAACAGUUCCGCUGAAAUCAUUCAAAUUCUGGUGCAGUUAGCUGACACACUGGAGUUUGGAAACAGAAUUGUGGAUGGUUUCGAGCUUCAAUCGCUUCGUGUCGGCUCUAAUUUCGAUCUCAGGGAAGAAGUGUUUCGGAAAUAUCAUGGCGUUUUCUCGGAGGUUCCUUGCUGA